UCAACCUUUCAACCCUAAUUUUACUCGUCUUCUUCUUCUUCUUCUUCUUCUUCUUCUUCUUUUAUCUUUGUUUCUUUUCCCAAAGUUCAAUAGUGUCUCUCAUCUCUCAACCAUGAACCACGUCGUCACCUCAAAAGGAAAAAAAACUACAGGGCCUUGGUACUCGAUCAACACAGUCGUCUUCUGGCUCGUCGAGGAAACCCUAGCCUCUACUGAUCAUUUGAUUUCCAGUUGUAUCGGAGCAGCUCUUCCGAGAAUGGGUUAUAUUGGUCCGUUGUCAAUAUUUGCUUUUGGUACUAAGGAGGAGCACAGCUCCAUAGCUUCUGUUCCCGGAAUUUUCUUCUACGAAUCCCUAGAUAAUAAAGAGUCUACUAUAAUCCAGAAUAUGUUAUUUCGCAUGACUACACAUGCAUCUUCCUUGUCGGAGGAGGAAGAAAAAUGUUUAAUGUUAAUCAUAAAAAACCCGCGAAAAGACGACGAGAUUCUCAGGGUUCUUGACGCUUUGGAAUCAAGAGGUUUCCAUGUUCUAUUGGUUCAGCCUCCUCAUGAUGAUGAUGAGGCACAAGAAGUAUUAUUUAGUUCUGUAGACUCAGUUUUGCAGUGUACUAGAUUAUUAGAUGGUUCAAGUCCUAUCGACUUUGAUGACCCUGACAGCUUUUGUUAUAGCAGCCAAAGCAGCUGGGAGACUGAUUAUUCUGAUACUGAUUCUGACAACCUAGACGACUCUACUAGCUAUACUUGGUGGUAAUAAUCUCUCUAUAUGUAUUUUGACGUUUCCAUCUUUCUUUUCUUUUGUUUAACUCUGCUUUUGAGUUCAAACAUUA